CCCUAACUUCCCCCUCAGACCAGUAUAUGCACUUCCGUCGACUCACCAUGUAUAUCGCCACUCUCUAGUGCAGCCUGCCAACAACGGAUUUGUUACAAGGAGGAUUCCGCUAGGCUACGAUGCGGGUUCCGGUCACGCAAUCUGGUCACGGUUGACGGUGAAGGCAAACAUAUUUGACCACAAAUUUAACCAUCAAUUGUAAUCUGUACAAAAGAUGCCGCUGUAUGGAGGAAAGACGUUCACGGUACUGAGCGGCAUUCUCCAGGUCUACGUGUUAGCUCACCUAAACCGAAACCAUCUAUCAGUGGUCUGUCAACCUGACUUCCGGUGCCCAGAGUUAUCUGACCUUGGUUCUUCUGCUCGACUGUUCUGCUCGGCGUCCAACACCGACACCAACAUCAUCUACUCAGGCCCGGGGGAUCUGGACGCCCCGCACUGUAACCUGACACGGGGGUUAUGCACAAGCAUUGCGGGCUACACGGGGACAGUACUUGACGCCAACGACACCGAGCUGGUCAUACACAACGUCCAACCAGGCAUGGCAGGUUCCUGGAAGUGUAAGGAUGACCUCCGGAGUCUCUCGUCAUACUGCACUGUGAAUGCAGUUCAGAUCCCAUCCUGUAAUAUAACCAGUGACAGUGAGAUAGACACAGAUACAGAUACAACGUCAGUACAGCUCAACCGGUCAGUAACAGUGGACCUCAAGGGCCUGUACUGUUCCACUGUUUUCAACUUCACAUUACAAGUCGGAAACACAAGGCAACAUCUGAUGACAUCUGAGGCUCUAGAUCAACCUACAGAUAAAAACAACACACUGAUUCUAGCAGAUACGACCUAUGGAGAAACGACGCUGAUUUUCACCUGCGGCAAUCAACAACGAAAUGUUACCUGUGGAGGUUUAGCACAUAUACCAAAAAAUACCGAGAACAAGGGAACCAAGAACACUACAGCAGCAGUAAUUGGAUCCGUUGUUGGCAUCUUGGUCGUCUUCGUGAUCACUGUGGGAAUCUUUACUGCUUUAAUAGUGAGAAAAAAAAAGAUACUGACUUGAUGGAAAUGAAUGCAUGAAUACUCAUUCCACGUCAAAACAUAACGUGGCAGUGUAUUAGUUUUCCUCAAACUUUAUUAGAUGAUAAAAAUUGGUUAAAUGAUUGUCUAGAUAAGUACUUUGUUUCGAGUUUGAACAGAAGCCUGAUAUUAUGCAUGGCGACAAUGCUGUCACAUCUAUUCGUCAUUGCGUUUGAUCAACUAUUGCGAAAAAACAUUCUUGUUGUCAACAUCUUGCCUACUUGGGUUAUACAGUUGUCAUGGAAGAAUAUGACGUCAUAGAUUGUAUCCUUGCGCGUUAGGUUACAGGUUAAUGUCCUGGGAGUGAACACUCAGUGACAUCCGAAAACAGCAAAUUGUGUUCCUACAAUAGGAUUUACAUUAUUAAGUAAAGAUAAAAUGCGGAUCUCUUAUCCAUGACGGGUUGAUUCUAUUGUGGUUUAUUGGUAUUUUAUGUGAUGAAGGUAUGUAUACAUACGAAAUAAUUAAUAUUUGCAAUUUCGUCAUCUCACUCGUGAAUAGUCAUUUAUGUUUGUGAACGUAUUUUUUGUGACUGUCCUGACCCACUUUCACAUUACACAUUCCCGUCGACACCCUUGCAUCUAAGAUACAGAAUGAAAUUUCAAAUACUAAAAAUUCCGAAUAGAAAUGUUAAACUUGAGAAGUUUUUUAGAUUUCUUGAAGGUAUCAUUAAAGUAGUGUUUGAAGCUGUUUGAAACAGUCUCACCACAAAUGAAAUCACAUUUUAAGUGAUCAAGUCGUUAGUUUGUGUUAUUGAAUGGGAAUUACUCAUGCUGAUAAGACCGCUUUGUUAUACCUGGACCCAGUCAGUGAAAUUGUCUAAAGAUAUAUUUCUUCAUUUCUAAACUCUUAAUAUACUACCCAUCAAAAUUUUAGACUAACUUAAAGCACUCACUAUAUGUUAUGUAUAUAUAUAUGGUUACAUCGAAGAUGAAUUUCUCCACUAAC